ACAAAUGGAUGAAAUAUGUUGAGAUUGUUGUCGUUCGUUCGUUCGACGAGACUCUCGGCAUCAUGGCUUCAGCGAAAUUUGAGCUCGGGCAUCGAAUGCCGGCCAGAAUUCCAAAAAACUGUAAAGAAAAAAACGAAAAAGGAAGAGUCGCCGCCAGUCGAUCCAGCAGUUCUAGCGGACGCGGCGAGCGCUAGCGAGUGUAAAAAAGUUGCUGCCCCGCCGAGUCGGAAGACCACGGAAAGAAAAAAGGUUCGAGUGUACAGAUGGAACCCAGAGGAAAAUAACAGAAGACCCUGGAUGCAAGAAUUUUCGAUAGACCCGAACGAAUGCGAUGGAACAAUGGUUCUCGACGUUCUGACGACUAUAAAAGCCCGGCACGAUCCCACUUUGUCUUUUCGCAGAUCAUGCCGCGAGGGAAUCUGUGGAAGCUGUGCUGUUAACGUCAACGGUAUCAACGUUCUCGCUUGCAUAACAAAAUUCGAUCCAAAUCCACGAAAACCUCUCAUUAUUUAUCCGCUCCCUCAUGCCUACGUGAUCCGAGAUUUAGUGCCUGAUUUGAGUCUGUUUCUCGACCAGUACAAAGCGAUCGGUCCCCAUCUCGAUCGCAAGUCUGACGGCAAGAUAACGGGUAAACGACAAUUGUUACAGAGUCAGCGCGAUCGUCAAAAACUCGAUGGCCUCUACGAGUGUAUUCUUUGCGGAUGUUGCUCUUUUUCCUGCCCUCCUUAUUGGUGGCUCGGUGACAAAUAUCUCGGCCCUGCUGUUCUCUUGCAGGCGUACAGAUGGAUCAUCGAUUCUCGAGAUGAGGCCCACGCCGAGCGACUCUCCAAGCUCCGUGACUUUUAUUCCGUCUUUCGUUGUCAGACAAUCUUCAAUUGCACGAAAACGUGUCCAAAGGGUUUAAAUCCGGGGCGAGCAAUAGCGGAGAUAAAACGCCUGUUGGUUGGCCUGGCGAGCAAGGAAAAACCGGAUUUGGAGAACCCUACAGCGGACCCGUGCGGAGACGAGUCGUCGAGCCCUUACUGUUGACGUAGCGCCACAAACAUCAUCGAGUAUCUUGGCAUAUCAUUAGCCGUGUAAACAGAAUCAUUUUGUGCGUAUGUAAACACAAUAAACUUGUUCCACUUAA